CUCCCGGGUUCCCCCCAGCCGCCCCGGGCGCCACCCGGGUGUUGGCUCCGCGGACCGGGCGGGUGGCGGCGGGCGGUGUUUUCGGGCCGGCUCCGGCUCCGGCUCCAUCUUGGGCCGCUGCGCCGGGCACCUGUGGCGGCCACAGGAGGAGCGCUUCCGCCGGCCUGCGCGGCCCCGGGCAGGAGAGUAGGCAGCCAUGAGCACCAGCCGCCCUGACCAGGGUGCCCGGCCGCCCCGGAGCCCCUUCCCGCAGCCCCUGUCCCGGAGCUCUUCCAGCCUGUUGGGUGAAGGCCAGGGGCAGAGACCAGAGCUCCGCAAGAGUGCCAGCAGCACCGUAUGGCAGGCCCAGCUGGGUGAGGCUGACACCGGUCCACGUGUCCCCGAGGAAGAGGAGCAGCCCGCUAAGAGCCCGGAGCAGACACAGGCCUCCAGCCCCCGGCCCCGGCCCCGUGCUGCAGGCCACUGGCGGAGCAGCACUGUGGGCAAUGUGUCCACAGUGGGUGGUGGUGAGCUGGGUCGCCUGCGGGCCCCUGGUGCCGCUGCCAUGCAGAGGAGCCACUCGGACCUGGUCCGGAGCACCCAGACCCGUGGCCACAGUGGCACCCAUAAGGCCAGCCUCAGCUGCUCAGCCCUUGGCAGUUCACCUGUGCACAGGGCUCGGCUGCAGCCCUGUAGUACCUCUGGCCACGGGGGCCAGGCCCCUGUGGGCCUAGAAGGGGACCUGGCUCCAGAGGAAGGGACGUCGAACUCAGCCUGGACACUGGAGGAGCGUCAGGUGUGGGUGGGGCCUCUAGACCCGGGAGAGACCCCCACCCACAGCAGCAGCCCCCAGGCAGAGCCCAAAGCUGCUGGGCAGCCAGCCACCACCUCCUGCCAUGCCCUGUCACCAGGAACUCUACUUUGUGGUAUGAGGGAGAUGGGGAACGGUGGCUGCUGCCAUGCCCUUCCAGCCCCAGGGAUCCUGGCCUUUCCCAAACUAGUGGCAUCGGUGAGUGAGUCUGGGCUGCAGGCUCAACAUGGGGUGAAGUUCCAGUGCAGGUUGCCUGGGGGGCUCCCUGGGCAUUCCCACUGCUGUGCCCACCCUAGGGGUCCCACCAGCUUAGCCAUGGAGCCUGGCACCAGGACCAAGGAUGUGUGGACCAUGACCUCAGCCAGUGACUUGGCCCCCGUGCUGGCGUCCUCUCUGUCUGCCCAGGAUGCUGGUGUGCAGGCAGCCCCUGUGGCAGUCUGCAAGGCUGUGGCCACCAGCCCGCCUCUGGAAGCCCCCAUGGCCCUGCACACAUUCCCAGAGGUAACCCUGGGGUCCAGCCUGGAGGAGGCGCCAUCCCCUGUGCGGGAUGUGCGAUGGGAUGCUGAGGGCAUGACCUGGGAGGUGUAUGGAGCUGCAGUGGACCCUGAGGUGCUCGGUGUGGCCAUCCAGAAGCAUCUGGAGAUGCAGUUUGAGCAGCUGCAGCGGGCGCCCACCAGCGAAGACAGCCUGUCCGCAGAGGGCCGGAGGGGGCCACUGCGCGCUGUCAUGCAGUCCCUGCGGCGCCCCAGCUGCUGCGGCUGCUCCAGCGCAGCUCCCGAGUGAGGAGCUGUGACCCUCAGAGCUAUCCUGAGCCCGUGGACUCAGCCCCAGGCCCGGGACAGUGCCCCGUGCUCCUUGGACCUGCUGGCAGCCAUGGACACAUCUCUGCCGUUGGCUGACCCCAGAGCACAGGACUGCAGCCUAGGGGCUUCCUCCUCCUCGCAGCUGGGCUGGUUUUUAAGGGCUUGAUUCCCAAGAGCCAUGUCUCUGCACACCCAGGCUCUGAACUUGGGGACAGACUUUCAGCACUGUGCAUAAGGGAGAUCCUGAUUUUUCUGUAAAAAUAGUUGGCGUUCUGUUUAGUCUCUUCUCAGAACUCUUCCAUGAGUUCCCCUAGGACUCUUGGUGGCUUUAUUUUAAAGCAGGGCUGCGAGAUAACCAAUUCCUGCUGUGAAAGGUGGGGCCCCAUAUGACAAGGACUGGCUGGGUCUUUGGGGAAGGCCACCAACACUGUUGAAGACCUCCUAUGUGCCACACACUGUGCUUGUCACCUUCCCUUGUUGAGUUUUCGCCCACUUGCCCCAUUUUAUGGGUGAAACCACAGGUAUUUGUCAAGGCAAUGGCUGACAUGCCCCGUUGGACUGCUGGAGGUGGUGGCUGGGAUUCAGGGCCAGGCCAGCCCAGCCAAAGCCUGAGCUGCUUCCCCAGAGCAUGCGGUGGUCAGUGCAGUGCAGUCAUGAACCACAAGAAUUUACUGAGUUCAUAUCCUGUGCCAGGCUCUUUGGAAUCCUCGUGGAAUGAGACGGGCUGUCUGCACCCUUGCUGGUUGACAGGGUGUGAGAGGUGGGGUAUACAUCCGUACCAGGGCACCGGGCAUCCCAGAAGGGCCUGGGGCUGCUGCUAAGAGCCAGCUCCCUUGUUGGUCACUGGGUCAGGGGCUGGCCUCAGGAAGGGGAGAAAAGGUGGCCACUGGCCCCCAAAUACGUUGCAGUGCCCGAAAUGGUGCCAUUAUCACCUCAUUCCUUUGGCUUAAGGAUUUAUUCCCAGCCAAUGCGGUUCUUGGGAGGAGGGAAGGCAGAAACGGAUGGGAAAAGGCAAGAAGCCUGGU